AAAUAUUUAGCAUUUCUUUUAGCGCAGUUUUUGCAGGUCAAAGUUCUCAAUAAGUGUCGUAUAUAACGAAACGUGAAACGUAUGUUUUCACAGGAAUUAAACGCAUAUUUUGAAUUAACGCAACACACCCGGUGAAUUCGGAUUUUAGUGAGAUACUGUUUGGGAGUUUGCCAUGAAAGAAGUUGAGAAAAUGUCCUCAUUAUGUGUUGGAGUUUGUGCGAUUUUAACGUCGACUUGUUUGGUUUUAGUCGUUUCAUAUUCAGAUCCGUGCCAAGACAAGGUGGCAUGUAACCUAUAUGGGUCAGAUAUCUGUACUGCGCCUGCAUACGCCGCUUGGGCGAACGCCAACUGCCCCCGGUUCUGUGGAUUCUGCGGAGUUACCACGGAGAACCAUUCGGGGCUUGGGCGAUUCAUGGAUAACGGUCACUCUGACUGCAAGGACUCGUUGAUCAACUGCGCUGACUACGGGACAGCCAUCUGUAAGGACGUCAAGUUCUACAGCUGGGUCAACGAGAACUGCAGACGACACUGCAACAGAUGCGGCAACGAUUGCAGGGACGUGGCCCCGAACUGUGCCGACUUCGGUAGUUCCGUGUGCACCGAGCUGUCGUACUACAAUUGGGUCGAAAUGAACUGCCGGAAGUUUUGCGCGCGCUGCACCUCGUGACUAUCUCGCGACGCGCGCUCUCAAGUCACGUGACUUCUGAUAGUGUUUUUCUUCGCCUUACAUGUACUUCAGUGCAAACAGACGAUAGAAAUCUAUUUAGCUGAAACAGGCGUAGUUUUUGCUUUUCUUACCGUGCUUACUGAUUCUAUGUACUAACAUGUAUAAUGUAUGUUUCCAUUUGAAGCGAUCACGAAUCUGUUUUCAGUAAACAUUUUGACAAUUACAACACAUUUUUGCAGUAAAUAGACCAGGCUAUAUUAUUUGAAUGGCAUUCCGAAAAAGCAGCAAUGCUUACCAACUUUAUUUGUUAGCAGGAAAACGUCAACACAACUUUUACAUGUACUAAUUAUUAUAUUUCGUUGUACCAUAUCGACCGAGGUCUACUUUGUACCAUUACAACUGAAAUAUCUAUAACUACUUCUUCGAAAUAUUCUUUGUAAUAUUA